ACGCAGUCUGCCGCCGAGUCGGUUGCACGCGGUUUGUGUUCGAUAUCUACCGUAUGAAAAAAUAAAACGGAAAAUAAUUUACUUGUAUUGUGAUACUUAAUUAAACAUGGGUAAAGUGGCAACCGCUGAAGCUAUGCGGUUCAUGGUCGACUGCCUUAAGUCGGUAGGAACGGCAGUCAAGGCAGCUGAGCAGCAAGCGGAACUCCUCAUUCAGGCAGACAGACUAGGACAUCCCAGUCAUGGAAUGAACAGACUUGAGAUGUACGUGAACGACAUUAUAAGCGGAGCGUGCCAACCCAACAACGAACCCAAAAUUCUAAAAGAGAACGCAUCCACCGCAUGGGUCGACGCUAACAACGUACUAGGCGCAACAGCCAGCCAUUUCGCUAUGGACAUUGCCAUUAAGAAAGCCCAGGAGACUGGAGUGGGAUGGGUGACAGUCAAAGGUUCUAAUCACAACGGCAUAGCAGGGUUCUGGGCAAAGAAGGCAGCUGAUAAAGGAUUAAUAGGCAUGGCAUUCACGAAUACUUCACCUUUACUGGCCCCUACCAGGAGCAAAAAGGCAGCUCUCGGUACUAAUCCUCUAUCAGUCGUUGCGCCCGCUUCGAAAGGAGAAUCCUUCUAUUUGGACAUGGCAACUACAGCAGUUGCUGUUGGCAAGAUAGAAAUGCAAUGUCGUAAAGGCGAACCUUUGCCACUGGGUUGGGCACAGGGACCGGACGGUAAAAUAACGCAAGACGCAGAACUGGCCUUCAAAACGAGCUGCCUCAUGCCUUUAGGCGGUGGUGAGAACACAUCAGGAUAUAAAGGAUUCGGACUAUCUGCUGUAGUGGAUAUCUUCUCUGGGAUAUUGUCUGGAUCGAAUUACGGUCAUCACAUACGGUCAUGGUCGCACACUGGAUCCGGAGGUCCAGCGAAUCUGGGUCAUUGCUUCGUCGCCGUGAACCCGGGAAGCUUUGCACCUGGUUUCGAGGACAGAAUGGCGGAGAGUAUACAGCACUGGAGACAGUUGGAGCCGACCGAUCCUAACUUACCAGUCAUGGCGCCUGGAGAUAAAGAGAAGGAAGCGGCAAAAGAAACUGACGCGAACGGAACUGUAUCCUAUGUGAAACAGCAGAUUGAAUCAAGUGCAGAAUUGGCCAAAAGACUCAAAGUCAAGCCGAUGGUCGUGAAAUUUAAUUGAACUCUUAAUCUCAUCGAAAAAAUAAUGUUUUCUAGAACUUUCUACCAUAUCUAGAUUCUUCUUGGACACUCUUAUUAUAUAUUUCUCCGACGCGACUAAAAUAUUAUUUUACGAAUUCAAAUUGAUUUUAUAAGUAAGCAGUUUAUUUAAGUAGAUUAUUAUUGUAUAUCUUUAAAAUAAAAACCAAGCGAAAUCAACCUUCAAAGCGAACUCCGUCUGCUCAAUUUAGCUUAGAAAUAAAAACUCAACCAACCAAUUAGCUAGAAGUAUAACUUCAAAACUAAAUUGGUAGAUAGGUACUCAUUAAGAAAUUGUUAUUAUAGCUAUAUGUUUACAUUAUCAUUAAAGUGUAAAACAAAAUAAAGCAUUAUUUAAAUAAUACUAUAAAUUUUUAAAUGGGACCAAAUUGUGCAAGAUGUCAUGUGAUAUUAUUACGGCACAAAGUGUCUAAUUUUGUGUUUUUAUAGUACCCAACGAUAAUAUAAUGUAUCUGCUAUAUCAAUAAAUUAUUUUUUUAAUUUUUCGUUUCA